CUCAAGCCUUCAGUCGACUCUCGGCUCUCACUGCGUCGAGGCUGAGAUUCCCCAUUAAUUAGUUGCACCUUCGAAAAAGUUUAAGCAGCACGUACGCCACUUUGGAUUCCUCGAAGAAGUCGUUCGGGAGGGACUUAAAGGCUGAAUACGCAGGAGAGCGACGCGUCGUUGUUUGAUACUUGAUCGUGUGGAAGUUGUGGCAAUUUUUUUUCUCUCGGUCUUGACGUCGGGAGUCAUCGACCGAUAGAGUUUGGGUAGAGCAAGACGUGGACCGUAGUUUCCUGAGGCUGUCCUGGGAUCGCGAGUGCAUCGAUCGAUUUUUAUUGACUGAUUUUAUUGACUUUGUGACCGGAUUUGAGAAUUGAUCGAUGUAAUUUUUUUUUAUUAUUUUGAAAAUGACGGGAUCAAAGUGACAAUCACACCUGCAGCCACCGGGUCCAUUAAAGGAUUAGUGUUGACGCGUGAUUGGAGGUAAUUUCGAAAUUUUUGACUUUGGAUCUCUAUAUCGGUAUUACACUUUUAUUCUGGAUCGGUGAGGAUCGGAACUGAAGUUGAAAUCAAAGGAGCGACCAGGAUCGAUACCUCGAUAUUAAAAAUAUUCUACGGAUCAUCGGUUCCUCAUUAUUAUUCAAUCCGAUAAUAGAACCCUUCUACGCUCGUGGCUCGAUUAGUCUGAUCUGCGGUAAUCGAACUUUCAUCUCUCAUUGGUCAAUCACCUAUCUUGCGUCACGUUCGAUCCUUUGGCUGGUACCCACAAGCGCGCGAUCAAUUUCCAGGCAUUAAUUAAUAUAAGGGUCCAGGGAGGAGACGAAGGGAGGGAGCAUGUCAAAAGAAGAAAAAGCCAAGAGAUGAAUAGAGGCAGGUAAAGCGAGAGAGAAAGAGAAGGAAAAUAAAAGAAGACGAAAAUUACCAAGAGAUCAGAAGAGAUAGUCGACGAGAAAGAGAAAGACGCCUCGUGAGCAGAUGCAGGAAUCUCGAUCUGGCGCCAUGCCGAAAUAAGAGACUCCUUGAAAGAGAGCUAAAAGAAUACAGAGGAGAGAGAGAGAGAGAGAGAGGGAGAAUAGAAUAACAAGGCACAUAAGAGGGACGCUUGUGAAACACCUUCAGUAAUCUUCAAGGUGCUGGUAGCGCGUUCGCGCAAGGCGUCCCGACGCCACCAUCGAUGAAUACAAACUAGCCAGCGACGCUACCGUCGGUUCCAAACGUAAGGACGGGAAUUCCUGGGUCUCGAGGAUGCUGUGCGGUACCUUCAAGAAGAAGAGGAGGCAGCCCGGAGACGAGUAUCGUCUGGUCAGGUCCAACACGCUGCCCAGGAUCAUCUCAGCCAAGGACAACGCACUGCCGGUAUCAGUGCGCAGAUGCAAGUCGACCCGUGCAGCGGCGAAGACGUCCUUCAUCAGGACUCUUCUUCAAACGGGUCUGGAUAACGUGAGCUCAGCGACGCUCAGGCCGUUCAAUUCGGACAUCAAUACACCGAGGAUCGACAGCUACAGAUUUUCCAUGGCGAAUCUCGAAGACUCUCAAGAUGUCGACCUGGACGCCAUCCUCGGCGAACUCUGCGCCCUCGAGAGACGCUGCGACGGCGACAUCGCUGCUACACCGGCUCCAGAUUCACAGAGGCAGGGGAGACCCAACAGCACCAGGAUCAAUCCUGGAGACAGUACGGAUAUUGGAAAGAAUGAAGGCAUGCGUACGGACAGUCCAGAUAAUGACAGCGCAUUUUCCGACACGGUGUCGAUGCUCUCUAGCGAGAGUUCAGCGAGCAGCAGUGGUUCGGGACAUAAACCACCUCAGACCGCCAUGCACACAACUCCUCAGCAACAGCCCCACCAGCUCAUGGACGCGGCUAGCAGAGCUAAGGCAGAGAAGAUUCGAUUGGCGCUGGAGAAGAUGCGCGAGGCAAGCGUGCAGAAGCUCUUCAUCAAGGCCUUCACCCUCGACGGCAGUGGGAAGAGUCUGCUCGUAGACGAAGGCAUGAGCGUCGCUCACGUCUCCAGACUCCUGGCUGACAAGAAUCACGUGCCAAUGGAUCCCAAGUGGGCCGUCGUCGAGCACCUGCCCGAUCUGUUCAUGGAGAGGGUAUACGAGGAUCACGAACUCCUAGUGGAGAAUCUUCUGCUGUGGACAAGGGAUUCGAAGAACAAGUUGCUAUUCGUAGAGAGACCGGACAAGACCCAUUUGUUCCUUACACCAGAGAGAUUCUUAUUGGGACCGUCGGAUAGGAGCAGUAGCGAGUACGAUGAUCACUCCAGGAAUAUCCUCCUGGAGGAAUUUUUUUCUAGCAGUAACGUGGGAGUGCCCGAGGUCGAAGGACCCCUGUACCUGAAGUCCGACAGCAAGAAAGGCUGGAAGAGAUAUCACUUCAUUUUACGUGCCUCCGGUCUUUACUAUUGGCCAAAAGAAAAAGCCAGGACUGCCAGAGACCUCGUGUGUCUCGCAACAUUUGACGUCAAUCAGGUUUACUAUGGCAUCGGCUGGAAGAAGAAAUAUAAGGCGCCGACGGACUUCUGUUUUGCGGUGAAGCAUCCUAGACUCCAACAGCCCAAAUCCACGAAAUAUAUAAAGUUCCUCUGCGCCGAGGAUAACGCGGCACUUGAACGGUGGAUGGUCGGUAUCAGGGUUGCCAAAUAUGGUAGACAGCUGAUGGAGAAUUACAGGACCCUGGUGGAUGAGCUGGCCCAGGAAGAUCUGGACCUUUUGGCCCAUGCCAGGUCGUGCUCUGUCAGCUCCAUUGCUGUACCGCCAAAUCAGAUGCAGUACAAUACUACCAAUGACAAUGCCAGACAGUUCACUGAAAACUCAAGACACAAUACUAAUGAUACUAGACAGUACGACGCACAGAGACAGAGUUAUAAUUCCGAGCAACGUCAGAGUUAUACUAACGACGGGAGAUUGAGUAGGGCGAGCAGCUCCAGCUCCAGCGGAUGUUUAUCCGACGGGGCACCUAGUAGUUGUGAGGUAGCCUUCGAGUGUGGUGAAUUCCCUACAGGAACUAUCAAGAGGAAACCCUCAAUGAAUCCGAAACUACCUCUGACGUCCAUCACUAGACAGCUUAAAGAAGUCGGUGAGACUGUUAGGGAUGAACCAGACACUUGUCCCAGUCCUACGAGCUCAGGAUCAGGUACACUCACUAGGAGGCACAGUAGGAGAAGAAGUGGUACCGAUUCCGACGGCUCCGGAACUUUAAAAAGACAUCAUAGGUCUGGAAAUGGGACACCAGUCAGUCCUGUGCCCCCUGGUACACCCGUUAGGGAAAGAGCCAGUCCCAUGGGAUACACUCGGACAGACAGUCAGGAAUCUAAAACACCUACCAGUCCCAUACAACCCUGUAUGAUGGACUCGAUAACUUCUCUGCCGCCGCCACCAUCGCCGCCGAGAGUAGCCGACGAAGCAGAAUCAGACAACGAGCCACUGCCACCACCUCCACCGGAAAUGUUCAGAUCCAAUUUAUCUUUGGAUUCACUCCCACCUCCACCAGCUCCUGGCGAACUUCCUGUCUGCAACACGCCGGAACUCACUGGUUCCUCUUUGAGUCUGGCCUCGCUUCCACCGCCUCCUAGUCCUCUGGUGGGCGAGACAGGAACCAUAAGACGUGCCAGACCUAAACAAUCGACGCCUACGAAUUCUCUCUCUCCAGAUAGCACACCCACGCACACACCUCGCGCCUCGAUUAAUCAAAUUUACGCGAGUACAAAUUCAAACGUGAAUCAAAACGGUUCACCUCAGAAUAAUCAAAGUUACAUCACCGGAGGCGUCGCAAAUUCAUCGCCCCAAAAUUCCUAUUCGGGCUCAAAUGCCAGUACACCGACUUACACGCCGAGUUCACCGAGUUUCGCUUCACCUCCACCCUUCGUCCCACCUCCAGCCUAUGGAUCCCAGCAACAAACUCCUUCACUCACCAGACAAAAUUCAAAGAUCGAGUCCAUCUACGGUGGCCUUCAUGGGGUUCAACCUAUCAGGCCUAAUCCAAACAUGGACACGGUCAGAAGAAGUGCCAUGAAACAAGGAUCCGGACACUACGCUUCUCCACCUUAUCUAGCAGAAUUAAAAGCAGCCUCCAGUCCCCAGCCGCAGAGGAGAGUGACUAUCCAGGAGCCACCCAUGUCACCGAAGUCAAAGACCAGUACCGGAAAGAAGAUCUCAUUCAAUCUACCGCCUCAACAGGAGCCAGGAAGCCCAGCUCUGCCACAGAGAAAACCAAUGCCACCUAGACGAUCGGAUAGCACGAGGUUGACUUCACCGAAGAAGCUAGCAGCAUCCGAUCAGGCACCACCGGGUGACUUUCUCAAGGAUCUUCAGAGAGUGAUGAGGAAGAAAUGGCAAGUCGCCCAGAAGUGUAAACUGGAUUCCACAACGACGCCUCACGAGGUUCUUGGUUUUCGCGACCCACCUCCAGCCAUUGCUGACUACAGAGAAACUAAUGUUUCCAACUGGGUCCAGGAACAUUACGGUGCCGACAAUCUCUAUGAAAAUGUUUACACGACUGACCCAAAUGCACCGGUAGAGUAUGCCUCCAGUCCAGCUCGUCAGCCCACAGUCAGAUUUGCUGAUGAGAACAGAAGCAACAACAUUGCCACAGCUAUUGCAAGUAAGAGGCGACCACCACCGCCACCUCCCAAGAGGGCAGAAACUACUCACUUAACUAGCAGGGCGAUGCACUGACAAUAGCAGAUGAUCCAGCCUCGUCCUGAGAGGCGUUGGUACUGCUGUCUUUGCACCUGGUGGAAGAACUGAGACACAGACAUUUGUAAUACUCCUCGAACUCUCGACUCCUUUUCAAAUACGUGCACCUUGUAUGUUUCAUCUCGAAAAUGAAGUGGAGUCUGACGCCAUUAUACAAUUUAAAUUAAAUAACGUUUACUUGAAUAUCUCAUAAAUUUUCCGGUUCAGGAUUUACAAUCAGUUACCGUACGAAUUCACUAGGGGAAUAGACGAACAAACAAAGAAAAAAACGAACGCAUAACGAAGCGUCGCGACGCGGCAACCGUCAUCGAUUAUUUAAAGACGUGUUAGCUCAGUUUGACGAAACAAAUGGCCGCUCCAAAUAAACCGAAGUCAUAUCGAUUUUUAAUGGUACAAGUGUAAGACUCGACAAGUGUAACAAAUGUUAUCGCGUGGCUAAUGAUAUAAUUAAUGCUAAUAUAAAAAUAGACGUGCAUAAAUUUAAGAUGACGGAGUCGAGAGAAGCAACGAGUGAGAAUCUAGUUGGUAAGAAACACUGCCGCACACGUUAAGGAUGUGAUAUAAAGCGUUAAGCCAGCUUAAUUAAUUGCAAUUUGAAUUAAUUGCCAAAUCCAAUACACAUUUCGCAUUGAAACAAACAGAGGUAUAUGUAUACAAGCGGGCACAAAAAGGGAGACAUGAGAUACGCCUAUGGGGAGUAACGUAUAUGUAUACAUAACUGUACUGCAGUACGUGAAUAGGCGCUACGAAUGAAUUGGACGAAUUUUUGGAAUCAAACAAGUAUGGGAAUGAUUUUCGCAGUCGCAUCAUCACUCAGUACAAUUACGAAAUCAACUAUACAUACAAGUAUACUAUCAAGCUGUGGAUUGGUAAGCCUGCUAAUUUUUGCAAAUUUUCUAACACUUAAAGAAGAAAGAAACUUUUUUGUAAUCAAGGUGCUUUAUAUACGACAUAUACACUGUGACUACGUAUAAUGAUUGUAAUAUUAAUAUAUAUAUAUUAUAUAUAUAUAUGUAUACAUACAUAUUAUUAACAUUAUAUUAUAUAUCUACAGUUUAUACUCGACGAUGUGGACACGAUAAUAGGAUACAGCUCGAACCUCUAUGUGUUAUUUGAGUCUAUUAUAUUUUUAUUUUCUUGUAGAAUUUUUCUCUUUCUUUUUUUUUCUUGUAUUUUUUUCAUCCGGUUUAUUUCUUUUGUUUUUCAUUUUCUUACGUCAUCGGUAGCGCGUCGUCACGACACAGCAUACUCUGCUACCUAUUUUGUCGUUCACUCUGCAGCACACUUCUAUAACUGACAAUGAGGGAUCUCGUUUAUGCCAUUUUUUGAUAACGAUAUACAUUUAAUAAGACGAAGGAAGCGUAAAGUAUGUAAGUUGAUUGAUUUAUGGAAAAAAAGAAAAUCGUAAAUCAUUAAGAUAAACGGCUGAUCUAGACGCGCGAUCUUAUCGAUACAAUUCUUGUGUCGGUGGAUCAUAGAUUUUUUUUUCAGUUAUCUUCGUUUACCCUAAAUGUACGCUCAUCGCCAAAACGUGGUUAAUGCUCGGCAUGUAGUUGCGUCGAUUUUUGAGUGAAAAUUCAUUGAGUCUUUUACGAAAUUUUCAUACGGAUGACGGUUUCCACUUUCCUUCUCCCUUCAUUACACUUUGCCCAGUUUAAAGGGGGCUAGAGAGGCUUUUGACAAAUGACGCAAAAACGUACUCAGACGGAAAACGGCUAAUGUACUUUUCUCUUUGGUUCCGGACUUUCGCUAUGAGACGUCUGAUUUUUUAUUUUAAUUUUUUUUUGGAAAUUUGUUCAUUACGUUAAAACAAGAAAAUGCGAACUUGGCUGAAAUAGUAUCAAUGAAAUUAAUUUAUGUCAAGGAUUUGAUUAAUUUUUUUUAUAGGCGCUACAGUGCUCGUCAUAUAGAAUUGAACGAAUGGAAAUUUGAGAUUCACCCGUACUUCGCAGUAAAUUCGCAGAUCAUCAGAAACGAUACAAAUUUUACAAAAAAUCAUCCCUCUAUUUUGCGCAACGAGCAAAGUUUGAAAAUACGAUAACUUUAUGUUUCGGACAAAUUUUUGUCGCGAUUUCGACUAAAACGUGAAAUUAGUGACGAGUGUCCUGGUUGCCACUGCUGGACCUCAUUAUUCUUCCGGAGGAAUAAAUUGAUCGCGAUGAAUUAAGCUAAUUAUUGAAGCGAGCCGAUAAAAUGGCCGCUAAAUUAAAAAGAGAUUUAUGAAGGGAGCUAAUUGGAAAAUUGUAGGAAUAAUUUUAGUAUAUUGCUAAUUAUUGUCGGAUCGAGAAUAAAUUAAUUGAUCUCCCUCCCUCCCUCGACAAUCCCUUCGUCCUUUAUCUCCCGUCAAAUCCACUCCAACGCCCGAACGAUUUAGAGAAGAAAUUAUCUAGGGAGUUUAAGUAAAUUAUUGAAUAUUGAGGCACUGAAGAUGGAUUAGAAAGUUGAGAAUUGAAAAAUUUUUAAAUUAAGAAAAAUUAAAAAAAAAUUAAAUUUCGCUCCCUAGUGGCUUGGGGAGCCUAGUGCAAUUGGCCAAUUCUAAUAUAGUAAUUGGAAAUUCAUGAAUAUUCGAAGAUGAUAGGGGAAGAUAUUUUUAUUAUACCGUACCUUUUAACUUUCUAUCAUUUAAGUUGUACGUAUGUUUAUGUAAAUAUUGUAACGAAUGGUACUACGAAGAAAAAUUAUUAUUGAAGAAUAUUGCGAUUGAUUAAUGUAAACGUAGGCAGACGCGCGCGCGCAUGCGCGUCCACACGGGGCGCACACACACAGAGACCAAAACGCAACACAUACUAUUUAUGAAUGAUAAGAAGAUUGAAGAUUAGUAGCUGAAAAUAUUGUUUGUCACAAUUUUCAAAAAAUUGCCAUUAAGCUUAAUUUCCAUUUUCCAACCAUUUAUCAGCCAGUAGUCAAAACUAGGCCGAAUCGUUCGCUUGAGGCUUUUUUACGAGUUCUUAUUUGACCGUUUUUCGAUACUUUCAUACGUUUUAUCGAAAACUAGCUUUUACAAGUUCUUUCAACUAUGCAAGCAUGUUAGACGUUAGAAUUGUGACAAUACCAUUAUUUUGGAGACUCAACGCCAGUUGUUUAGGUACGAUACAGAAAGAAGAAUGCGCAGCAGUUGAAAUAUUAUAGGUAUUAUAUUCAUGUUUUUAUGUAAAUAAAUUUUUGGUAUAUUUCAAU